UGCAGCCACGAAGAGAAGGGAGAGGAACGAGUCAAAUCAUCGAGUACGGGUCAACAGAUCUAUCGCAUAGUCUUAUCUGGUCUUAUCGUUCGACAAUCGUUGAUUACGUUCACAUUCGAUAAUAGUGUUGCAGCAACCUAACAUUCUAGCAAAGACUAUUGUCUUCAGUUGAAGGACAGCCUUAAGUCAAACUUUGAAGGUGGAGCGGGUUGUCUUUCCGCGGUCGAUUCUGUUUUGCAAGCAACACCGAGGUUAGGUAGUACGUGAUAAUGUCGAAUGAGAAACUGUCCAUACAGGACUUGGGACCCAAAUCUGGCGUCGCUUAUCCAUUAAGGGUACAGUGCUGCGGAAACUGUUCCCUGCCUAUCGAAUACUGUGAAUAUUAUCCAGAGUAUGAAAAAUGCAAACAGUGGCUGGCGAGGAAUCUUCCCUCAGAAUUCGAAAAGGUCAAGUUAGGGGAAGAUACGGCAGCUGAAUCGGGUGGUGGAGAAGAUGAGAAAAAACGGCAGAAGCGAGGUGGCAAAGGGAUGUUAAAAACCAAAAAGAAAGAGGAUGUACCGAAAUUGGUGACUGUUUCGAGAGCGCCCAGAGGCAAGAAGAAGUCAGUAACAGUUGUAACUGGGCUCAGUACUUUUGAUAUUGAUCUCAAAGUGGCCGCCAAGUUUUUUGGCAGCAAAUUUGCAUGCGGUUCCAGCGUAACAGGAGAUGACGAGAUUGUAAUCCAGGGAGAUGUGAAAGAUGAUUUAUAUGAUGUGAUACCAGAAAAAUGGCCGCAAAUUGAUGAGGAUUCAAUCGAUGAUCUUGGAGAUCAAAAAAGAUAGUGGUCAUGAUAAAAUUUCAUAGGUACUUUGGCCGUUUAUUAUAAUCAUUACUCUUGGUCACCUGCCUCCGGGAUGUCUAUAUCAUCAUUGGUCAAGUGGCUCGCAAUAACUUGCAGCAGAGAACUAACUUCAUCCUCUGUCAAUCGUUCCUCACUGUCCUCUAUUACCUGCAAUAUUGGCAAAUUUGAACAGAGUCUUGAACAGAAAUGGAUCAAAGUUUGAAACUUUAUUACCAGUUGGAUCUCAAGCGCCGUAGAAGGGCACAAGUUCAGUAGCAUGAGCUUUUCACAUUUAGUCAGUUUCAAUGCUUCAACAGCUUUCAGAAAACUACUUAUGGUGGCUGGGGUUUGUUUUUUGCAAGGCGUGUCCUCGAGAUACCUUAUGGUUUGAUAGGUGAUUGUCGCCAGCUGGUUAUGGGGCUUGCGAUGCUGCCUGUUCGACCUUGC